GCGACGAUCGGCGUAUCAAAUGUAAAAAUGUCUGGGUCUGGAAGAGUCAUGCUGUUUUUGCAUGACACAGAAGGUCUGGCAUGGAAGCUCUAGCAUCACAGGUCUCGAGAAGCGUUCGCAAUGCCGGAUCCGCAUGACAAAUCCCUGAUUUUGGUGACAGAAAGUGGGCAGCUUUUGCUGCUUAUGCAUGAGAGAUUUUCAUUUUUCUGUGUUCUGAAAUGCGCAUCACAAGUUUCAAACUUCCAGACCCAGACAUUUUUGCAAUUGAUACGGCGCGGCGUUCAUCAAAUUGGAAUCGCAGCACGAGUAUCAAAUGCAAAUAUGUCUGGGGCUGGAAACUGGUGAUGCUGGCUUGGGAAUGGUGGACACACUGCAAUACGCAGCCAAGCAUGACAAGUUUUUGAGCUGCUAUGUGUUGCGAGUUCUGCAUGGCAAACUGCGCUUUUGCAUGACAGGCAAGAGACUCUCAUCCUGCUCAUGCAUCACAGAGUUAGGCGUCAUGAGAGACAAGCAUGGCAAACUUCCAAUCUUCCAGAACCAGACAUAUUUGCAAUGCAUAACGAGCAAGACCUGUUUUACGCCAACGCCGCGAACACCCCGGGCUUGGGCGUCAUGAACUGGAUCGACGGGGGCAAACGCGCAUAUGGGGUUCUCAAUUGUUACAUUCUCAACUGUUACAUGAAUUUGUGAUGCAAGAAUAGCAACAGGAAAAGGCCGGAUCUUGCAACUCUUGCAUUACAAAUUCGGCACAGAUUCCCUUUCCCAUGCUCUUUAGCGCUUCCAAAAUUUGUCAUGCGAGGCAGCUUCACUGUGUGGACGUUGGUGCUCAUUUUGCAUGACAAAUCAUGUAACAGUAUGAGAAUGUAACAGUUGAGAACGCCAUAGCGCACUGCAGCUCCAAGCCACGGUGGACAGCCGCGUGAAGCUCACGCUCGCUUUGGG